AUGUCCGAGGAAGAUGAUAACUUUUGGGAUGAUCUAGAUCUCGAUUUGGCCAGCAGCAAGGGAGAGGAUUUUCAAGAAGACGAAGAAAAAGACGAAGAACAGAAUCUGAUACACGAUAAUGAGGAAUUUCGUGUGAUAAGCAGUAAUAGCACCUUUCUAUUGGGAAAUUUUUUGACAGAUUACCAAUUAACCUCUUUAUCGGAUGUAGAAACUCAAAACCCCAAUGAUAUCAGCCGAAUACCGCAGUUCGAAUCGGAAAUUUUAAGGUUGCUCUCUCAGAAGACUGAUGAACUAUCACCAUUAUUAUCACAAUUGAAUGAACUCUCAGUAUAUGCACAGCGCGAGGUAACUGUGUUACAUAGUUACAUGAAACUACUUUACAAGGACAAAUUUCUGGAACUGGAAGAUCUAAUACCAUCACCGUUGCCAUACGCGAAUGUGGUCUGCAUACUUGAAGAACAAGAGGGCGGUGCCCAUCUAAAUUUGGCAUCAGCUUUAGAAAAUGAAGCAGGACUAGGCAAAGAGCAGAUACUGGUCUUAAUGAUGUCGACGAAAACUUCGUUCAAACAAGAUGUACGGAUACAAAUGGAACGCAGGUCAUUUCUAUUUGAGGCAAGAGCACUGAUUCAGGCACUUCUGAGAAUUCAAGACCGCAUUAAUGAUUUUGUGACCUUGAGAGUUCCCCUGGCUGCGCCCAAUGUUUGUGCAUUGGUGAGCCCCAAUAUCGCAUCUCUCCUAAUAUCUCAUGUGGGUGGCAUCCAGGAAUUGAGCCAGAUCCCAAGCUGCAAUUUAGCUUCCAUAGGGAAGAACAAACAUUUAUCGCACGAGUUUCACACGAACAUCGCAGGAGUGAGACAAGAGGGUUUUAUAUACCGAUGCCCGUUAAUACAACAGCAGCCAAUGCAAUAUCACAAACAAAUGCUGCGAAUGGUUUGCGCAAAAGUGUCACUUGCUGCAAGAGUAGAUGCUGGCAUGCAAAAUGACACUAAAGAUGAUUCAUUUGGUAAUAAGUGGGCACAAGAAAUAUCAGAAAAAAUACAAAAGCUUCAAGAUACCACAGCUAUCCGAAAUGUAAAACCUCUUCCAAUACCAGAAGAUGCUCCCAAGAAGAAGAGGGCAGGAAGGAGAUUCAGAAAAUACAAACAACAAUUUCAGCUGUCGCAAUUAAGACAGCUACAAAACAGGGUCGAAUUUGGAAAACAGGAACAAACGAUCACCAAUUCCUUCGGAGAAGAGAUUGGUCUAGGUAUGACCAAGGCGGGAUUUUAUGCAAUCAGCGGAUCUUCAGCCGGUGGAACCGGCGUCACAAAAGGAAAUACCAAUAACUCUGCUAAAUAUUCAAAGGCAAUGAAAAAACGAAUCGAAGAAGCUAACGAGCAGUCCAACGACUACCUCAUAUCGCUGGAAGAUCGUAUUUGA